AUGAGGGUCUCAGCGACAUUCAUGGAUCUCCCCGCCCCUGAUAUCAACCCGGGUUUCCCCCAGAACGUCCAUGAGGGCAAUAUAUUUGACUACGAGGGUCUCUCCGAGGAGAUUCAACCACUAUCACCCCACUUGGAGCUUGUGGCUGACAAUAUACCCUGGGAAAACUGGGGAUCACCGGCACCGCCUCAGGAAGAGGCAAUUUGGACAACAGCUGAGGCUGUGGAAACGGGUCAGCAAAAUGCCAGUACUGCCCUGGCUUCAAAUCGAACUCGAUCUAGCCGUCGUAUUACUCAGCCAGCUUCUCUAAGAGCUAAGCCUGUGAUAACAAAAGGGCCACCUGUCAAAGCGGCAGCAAAAAAGCGGAAGCGUCUGAACCGUCAGGUGAAUAUAGUUUGCACUGGCUGCUACCGAGGACACAGCCCCUCCAACAAUUUAAUUGUUCUAUGUGAUUCAUGUGAUGCUCCUUGGCAUCAGAAAUGUCACAACCCGAAUAUUGGUAAUGAGGUUAUUGAGAUCCAGGAGAUGAGUUGGUUUUGCAUCAAGUGUAAACCCGAACAAGGUCAGACAGCCCAGACCAAAUCUCGAAAGAAGGCUGUAAAAAAUGUGAAAAAGGUCGGACGCCCGAAGAAGCAGGCUGUGUCCGAAGCUCAAAUUGGUGGAAAUUAUUAUUCAGAAGAAGAACGACGGGCUUAUCUGUCAUCUCUUUCGCAUGAUGCGAUAGUCCAGCUUGUAAUGAAAGUCUCAAACGAGUGGCCGUCGGUUCCAAUAUUUCCCCCCAACAUGCAAACCGUGAAAGAAUUCACUCUAUCCCCCUCUGCAACGCCACACAAUUAUCGAGCUUCCAAACCUACACCAAAGAAAGACGCCAAUUUUACAUUAAUUGAUUGGGAAACUUUGGAGACCCCGUCUGAAAACGCCAAGGCGAUGGAUCCAAACCAGCGGAUCGGCACGGCGCCUGAUACCACAGCUCCUGACGCUACUGCCCUGGAUGCUGAUAAAGUCUUUGCUACAAUGGCCUCCGACCUUGCUUCCGACCCUGCUCCCCCAGUGGCUCUUGGUGGCAUCACUACGGACCAAAAUGUCGCCGGAACUCCUCACGCUCGUGUUCCCACCACUGCUCUCCAGCCCUCUACCACCACAGCUUCGCAGACUCCUUCUAGGGCCACGCGCAGAUUUACAUCUCAAGCUGCGCCUGCAACUACACAUGCUCGCAAGACAUCUUUCGUUUCUUCGAACUCUGACCUGCUCACCGACGACGAGUCAUCAUACUCCGAAUCCCGACUACAAUCUCCCACUCCAUCUGCGUCUCAGGCUUCACAAGUCGGAUCCGAACAUGAAUCGGAUUAUGACUCUGAAGAUUACCGUGCUUACCCCGAAGCUGGUCAGGGCUUCCAGGUGCCAUCGACCCCAAGCGAUCUCGACAUUAUGGCCGAGGAUAAGGAUUGCCCUACCUUCAGUCAUUCUAUCCGAGGUUCGCCUAAGGGGGCUCAGGUUAAGAAGCCUUAUUCACCACUGGGUCAGCGCAAUUAG